GUCCAAAAACUGCAAAAACAAAACAAAACAGAGAGAGUUGCUCCUAAGGGGAACAAGUAAUGAAAGGAAAACACCAACAUUGAAUUAGUUAUAAAUCAAUGCCUGCAUUAGGUAGGGGUUUUAUUCAAAUUAGAGAUAACAUAUAGACAGAUUUGCAACGUUAAUUAAGGAACACAUUAGGUCACAGUACCUUCUUCUAUAGAUCAGUUCUCUUGAUUUCCUAGAACAUUAUUUUCAAUAGCUUCCUAUUGCAUACUGAAUGUUUUCCAUGACUUCUCAAACUUUUAAAUCUUAUUCAGGCCUGUUAGUCUGUAGCAGAUGAUGAGAAUGCUACUAAAUCUCGGCAUCAGAUUCUGGAGAAUAAGGAGAGAGAAAAUAAGACUAUUUGAAUAACAGAGGACGAAAGUAUGUCCUCCCUUCCUGGAUGCAUUGGUUUGGAUACAGCAACAGCUGCAGUGGAAUCUGAAGAGAUUGCGGAGCUGCAGCAGGCUGUGGUUGAUGAAUUAGGUAUCUCUAUGGAGGAACUUCGACAGUUUAUCGAUGAAGAGCUGGAGAAGAUGGACUGUGUACAGCAGCGCAAGAAGCAGCUAGCAGAAUUGGAGACAUGGGUAAUUCAGAAAGAAUCUGAAGUGGCUCAUGUUGACCAACUCUUUGAUGAUGCAUCCAGCCGUAAAUUCUUGUGUAUAAGUGUCUUAUAUUCAUUAGAGUUCUCAUCCAUAGGUGAUGCUGGCAGCAGAACUCCGAAAGACCAGAAGCUCCGUGAAGCUAUGGCUGCCUUAAGAAAAUCAGCUCAAGAUGUCCAGAAGUUCAUGGAUGCUGUGAACAAGAAGAGCAGCUCCCAGGAUCUGCAUAAAGGAACCUUGAGUCAGAUGUCUGGAGAACUAAGCAAAGAUGGUGACCUGAUAGUCAGCAUGCGGAUUCUGGGCAAGAAGAGAACUAAGACGUGGCACAAGGGCACCCUUAUUGCCAUUCAGACAGUUGGGCCGGGGAAGAAGUACAAGGUGAAAUUUGACAACAAAGGAAAGAGUCUACUGUCGGGGAACCAUAUUGCCUAUGAUUACCACCCUCCUGCUGACAAGCUCUAUGUGGGCAGUCGAGUGGUGGCCAAGUACAAAGAUGGGAAUCAGGUCUGGCUAUAUGCUGGCAUUGUAGCUGAGACACCGAAUGUCAAAAACAAACUCAGGUUUCUCAUUUUUUUUGAUGAUGGCUAUGCUUCCUAUGUCACACAGUCUGAACUGUAUCCCAUUUGCCGGCCAUUGAAAAAGACUUGGGAGGAUAUAGAAGACAUCUCUUGCCGGGACUUCAUAGAAGAGUAUAUCACUGCCUACCCCAACCGCCCCAUGGUGCUGCUCAAGAGUGGCCAACUUAUCAAGACUGAGUGGGAAGGCACCUGGUGGAAGUCCCGAGUUGAGGAGGUGGAUGGCAGCUUGGUCAGGAUCCUCUUCCUGGAUGACAAAAGAUGUGAAUGGAUCUAUCGAGGCUCUACGAGGCUGGAACCAAUGUUCAGCAUGAAGACAUCCUCAGCCUCUGCACUGGAGAAGAAGCAGGGGGGACAGCUCAGGACACGUCCUAAUAUGGGUGCUGUGAGGAGCAAAGGCCCUGUUGUCCAAUACACACAGGAUCUGACCAGUACUGGGACCCAGUUCAAGCCAAUGGAGCCCCCACAGCCUAUAGCUCCACCUGCCCCCCCUGUUCCACCUCUGUCCCCUCAAGCAGGUGACAGUGACUUAGAAAGCCAGCUUGCCCAGUCACGGAAGCAAGUAGCCAAAAAGAGUACAUCCUUCCGACCCGGAUCUGUGGGCUCUGGUCAUUCCUCCCCUACAUCUCCUACACUCAGUGAAAAUGUUCCUGGUGGAAAAUCUGGGAUCAACCAGACCCACAGAUCACCUUUAGGCUUAACAGCCUCUACCCCAGCAUCCUCAGCAACCCCAGCCCCUCCAGUACCCCCAGCCUUCCAUGGCAUGCUGGAGCGGGCCCCAGCAGAGCCCUCCUACAGAGCUCCCAUGGAGAAGCUUUUCUACUUACCUCAUGUCUGUAGCUAUACUUGUCUGUCUCGGGUCAGACCUAUGAGGAAUGAGCAGUACCGGGGCAAGAACCCUCUGCUGGUCCCACUGCUGUAUGACUUCCGGCGGAUGACAGCUCGGCGUCGAGUUAAUCGCAAGAUGGGCUUUCAUGUUAUCUAUAAGACACCCUGUGGCCUCUGUCUUCGGACGAUGCAGGAGAUUGAACGCUACCUUUUUGAGACUGGCUGUGACUUCCUCUUCCUGGAGAUGUUCUGUUUGGAUCCCUAUGUUCUCGUGGACCGGAAGUUUCAGCCCUAUAAGCCUUUUUACUAUAUUUUGGACAUCACCUAUGGGAAGGAAGAUGUUCCCCUAUCCUGUGUUAAUGAGAUUGACACAACUCCCCCACCCCAGGUGGCCUACAGCAAGGAACGGAUCCCAGGCAAGGGUGUUUUCAUUAACACAGGCCCUGAAUUUCUGGUUGGCUGCGACUGCAAAGAUGGAUGUCGGGACAAAUCCAAGUGUGCCUGCCAUCAGCUAACUAUCCAGGCUACAGCCUGUACCCCAGGGGGCCAAAUCAAUCCUAACUCUGGCUACCAGUACAAGAGACUAGAAGAGUGUCUCCCAACAGGAGUAUAUGAGUGUAACAAACGCUGCCAAUGUAACCCAAGCAUGUGCACAAAUCGAUUGGUACAACAUGGUCUACAGGUUCGGUUACAGCUCUUCAAGACACAAAACAAGGGCUGGGGUAUACGCUGUUUGGAUGAUAUUGCCAAAGGCUCUUUUGUCUGUAUUUAUGCAGGCAAAAUCCUGACAGAUGACUUUGCAGACAAGGAGGGUCUGGAAAUGGGUGAUGAGUACUUUGCAAAUCUAGACCAUAUCGAGAGUGUGGAGAACUUCAAGGAAGGAUAUGAGAGUGAUGCCCCCUGUUCCUCUGACAGCAGUGGUGUAGAUUUGAAGGACCAGGAAGAUGGCAAUAGCGGUACAGAGGACCCCGAAGAGUCCAACGAUGAUAGCUCAGACGAUAAUUUCUGUAAGGAUGAGGACUUUAGCACCAGCUCAGUGUGGCGGAGCUAUGCCACUCGGAGGCAGACCCGGGGCCAGAAGGAGAAUGGACUGUCUGAAACAGCUUCCAAAGACUCCCGCCCUCCAGACCUUGGGCCCCCACAUGUUCCUGUCACUCCAUCAAUCCCUGUAGGUGGCUGCAAUCCACCUUCCUCUGAAGAGACAUCCAAGAACAAAGUAGCCUCAUGGUUAAGCUGCAAUAGCAUCACUGAAGGUGGUUUUGCUGACUCUGAUAGCCGUUCAUCUUUCAAGACUAGUGAAGGCGGGGAGGGCCGGGCUGGGGGAAGCAGAAUGGAAGCUGAGAAGGCAUCUAUCUCAGGACUGGGCAUCAAGGAUGAGGGAGACAUCAAGCAGGCAAGAAAAGAGGUAAUGUCCCAAUCCCAAAAGAAAACCACCACCACCCCCCAGGACCAUUUCCAUUUACUCUUCUUCCUUCUUCUUGCCCUUCUGCUUCCCCAGGAUGUCCUGACACUGUCCAGCAGCACAGAAAGUGAGGGGGAAAGUGGCACAAGCCGAAAGCCCACUGCUGGUCAGACUUCAGCAACAGCGGUUGACAGUGAUGAUAUCCAGACUAUCUCCUCUGGCUCUGAAGGGGAUGACUUUGAGGACAAGAAGAAUAUGUCUGGUCCAAUGAAGCGCCAAGUGGCAGUAAAAUCAACCCGAGGCUUUGCUCUUAAAUCAACCCAUGGGAUUGCCAUUAAAUCAACCAACAUGGCCUCUGUUGAGAAGGGGGAAAGUGCACCUGUUCGUAAGAACACACGCCAGUUCUACGAUGGUGAGGAGUCUUGCUACAUCAUCGACGCCAAGCUUGAAGGCAACCUGGGCCGCUACCUCAACCACAGUUGCAGCCCCAACCUGUUUGUCCAGAAUGUCUUUGUGGAUACCCAUGAUCUUCGCUUCCCCUGGGUAGCUUUCUUUGCCAGCAAGAGAAUCCGGGCUGGGACGGAACUUACUUGGGACUACAACUACGAGGUGGGCAGUGUGGAAGGCAAGGAACUGCUUUGCUGCUGUGGAGCCAUUGAAUGCAGAGGGCGUCUUCUUUAGAGGAUGGCUUCCUGACCUUCAGAACCUUUCUUGACCUCAGGAUCUAGGUCCUCCUGACUGUUGAACUCUGACCCCAAGUCUCUGGUCUAGCUACUCCCCCUAGCUCCUAGUACAUAGAAAUGGGGGCACUGGAUCCAGAGAUCCCUUUCUUUGUGGUGCUAGCUGGCAGGAUCCCUUCUCCACCUUCUCAGGUGGGGAGAGAUUGUCACUGUAACCUAGGCAUGUUGUCCCUCAGUCUUCUGCCACUCAUUCCACCCAUCCCAUGCUUGUUCAAGUGUUCAUGCUUCUUACAGAUGUCAUUCCUGGAAUGGAGGCUAUGUACCUACCACCCUUGGUUUGUAUUAUUUCUUGAAAGUCUUAACAAGAUGGUAAAACUAA